CUCUUCUCUUGCUAUCCCGCGCAUUCCUGACUCGGCGGCGACGACGACAUCUGUGACGGAACUACUCCGACGACCAACUUGUCAAGCCGCAGUCUCCACUCUCAGCGACUUGGCAUAAUAGGUCGCGCUCAACAAGCCCGCUUGCCUCCUCAUCGCCCACCAUGACUGUCCCAACACCAGUCCCAGACCACGCCAUCCGCAUCUCCAUCGACCGCGGCGGUACCUUUACCGACGUCUACGCCUCGGUGCUCGACCCCACCAAGCCAGGUGGCCGGUACGACUUUGUCGUCAAGCUCCUGUCGCAGGACCCCGGCAACUAUGCCGACGCGCCGACGGAGGGUGUUCGUCGUGUCCUGGAGCGAGUACUGGGCACAGAACUGCCUCGUGGCAAGCCCCUGCCCGUCAACCACCUCGACUACGUUCGCCUCUCCACCACCGUGGCCACCAACGCACUCCUCGAGCGCAAGGGUCAGGACCACGCGCUGGUCAUCACCCGUGGCUUCCGCGACCUCCUCGAGAUUGGCAACCAGACCCGCCCACGCAUCUUCGACCUCAACAUCAAGCGUGCGCUGCCGCUCUACUCCAAGGUCCUCGAGGUUGACGAGCGUGUUACUCUUGUCGGGUACACGUCCGACCCGAAGCAGGCCGAGCACGCUCUCGUGUUCAACGAUGACGGGUCGAUCGCCCAGGCAUAUAGCGGUAACGGAGCCGAGGCGCAGAAGCAGCUGCUGGGCGACAAGAUUGUUCGCGGCAUCAGCGGCGAGGCGGUCGUUAUCUUGCAAGAGCCAGAUCUCAAGGCCAUCCGCGCCGAUCUCCAGAAGCUGUACGAUGGUGGCUGCCGUGCGCUUGCUGUCUGCUUUGCCCACUCGUACACCUACCCCGAACACGAGCUCGCGGUCGGCGCCGUUGCCAAGGAGAUUGGCUUCCCCCACAUCUCACUGUCAUCCCAGCUUCUACCCGUCAUCAAGAUGACCACACGCGGUCAGUCGACGACGGCCGACGCCUACCUCACACCCGUGCUUCAGGAGUACCUCCGCGGGUUCUACUCUGGCUUCGAGGGCGGCGCGGACGGCAGCCUGCGCGUCGAGUUUAUGGGCUCGGACGGCGGCCUCGUCGAGCUCAAGCACUUUUCUGGACUCAAGUCUAUCCUGUCUGGCCCCGCAGGCGGUGUCGUCGGGUACGCGUUGACCUCGUGGGACGAGGAGGAGCGCGCUCCGAUCAUUGGGUUCGACGUCGGCGGGACAUCCACCGAUGUGUCGCGUUUCGCUGGCCGGUACGAGAGCGUCGCCGAGACCACGACGGCGGGCAUCAGCAUCAACGUGCCCCAGCUCGACAUCAACACGGUUGCCGCGGGCGGUGGAUCUUGUUUGACGUACAAGACUGGGCUGUUCCGCGCCGGCCCAGAGUCUGCUGGCGCCCACCCCGGCCCAGCAUGUUACCGCAAGGGCGGACCAUUGGCUCUCACCGACGGCAACCUGUUCCUCGGCCGCUUGGUGCCCAAGUACUUCCCCAAGUGCUUUGGCCCGAACGAGGACCAGGAGCUCGACCCCGAGGCUACCAAGAGGCAGUUUGAAAAGCUCGUCGCCGAGGUCCGCGCCGACACUGGCACAGACAAGCCGAUGGACGAGAUUGUGUACGGCUUUGUCAAGAUCGCCAACGAGACGAUGGCGAGGCCGAUCCGAACUCUCACCGAGGCGCGUGGGUUCAAGACGUCGGACCACGUCCUUGCAUCAUUUGGUGGCGCUGGCGGCCAGCACGCAUGCGAGAUCUCCGAGCUGCUCAACAUUGAUCGCGUGUUGAUCCACAAGUACUCGAGUGUGCUGAGUGCCUACGGCCUUGCACUGGCCGAGCGCGUGUACGAGUUGCAGGAGCCCGCAGCCGAGCGGUACAGCGAAGCGACAUUGCCAGGGCUGCUGGACCGCUUGGCAGGGCUGGGCGCCAAGGUUACGGCCGUGCUAGGCGAGGCGGGCUUUGACAAGUCGCACGUCCGGCUCGAGCGCAUCCUCAACAUGCGCUUUGAUGGCACCGACACGGCCCUUAUGAUUCUUGCACCCGAGGGGUCGGACGACUUUGCGACCGAGUUUAAGCGCGCAUACAAGGCCGAGUUUGGCUUCCUGCUCAACAAGGACAUUAUCGUCGACGACGUCAAGGUGCGCGGCAUUGGCAUCAGUCACGAGGGUCUCGGUGAGAGCACCUUCGCCGAGGCCAAGCGCCUGUCGCUGGUCCCUGCCGGCAAGCCCGACUUUGAGCAGGACGUGUACGUCUGGAACGCGGUCAAGGGCAGUGGCUCGAGGGUCAAGGCGCCAGUGUAUGAGCUCGACGGCCUGGCAGUUGGCACCGAGGUCCAGGGCCCUGCUCUUCUCAUCGACGCGACGCAGACCAUCUUUGUCAAUGUCUACUGGAAGGCAAUCGUCACGACAAACAGCUUGUUACUGGUCAGACAAGUGCCAAAGUAG